UCUUAAGGAAAAAAAAAAAAGAAAAAGAAAAAGGCAUCGUAGUCUAAGGGGUGUUCUUUUGACGAUGCCUUUUUUCUCCCUCACUGCCCCACCUUCUGUCUUUGACGCGGCUCUGCAACUUUCUUUAGCGUUUGGUAAAUAGCUGUUUUUUUGCACUUGUCGAUUGGUUCUGUUUCGCAUUACGCCGUCUGGGUCGAGUUUUUGAGUAACAGACAACGGGAGUUGCACGGAGUAUUUACAAAUUUUCGAUUUUGUUUGGAAUUUGAAAACAGACCGAGCCCAAUCUCAUUUAAAUUACGCGUCAGCUUGUUUCUUCUUGUUCUGUGUGCGUCACGUGGCGAAGUUGGCUUCUUCAGCUUAAACCCAAAUGCGUCUCUCUUUGAAUCUCUCUCUCGCCUGUUUUUGAAGCUGAUAGACAGCUGCUGGGGUUAGAGUAAAAACAGGGUCGACGGUUCUAAGCUGAUAUCUGUCCUCUGUUUCUUUUUUUAGCUGUUCUUGUGAUACAUAUGGCGGAAAGUAUCUGUUUCUUCAACAAGGAUACUCUGAUUCUAAAACCUCCCAAGAAAUCUCCUCUAUUGUUGAGAAUGGCAGUUUUGAUGUUUGCGAUGGUCUGUAGUGUUUAUAUAUGCUCAAUCUGUGUGAAGCAGUUAAAUACUCACACCAAGGCGAGAUUUUUGAGGGUUCAAAUAGCCGAAUGUCCUGAGCUAAGUAUUAGACUGAAGAAACUUCCUCCUGAGCAUUAUCCAAAACCCAAAACUUUUAGCAGGGCUGAAUGCUCAAACAAUCCAGUAAGACUCUUUGCGAUUGUUUCGAUGCAGAGGUCAGGAAGUGGAUGGUUCGAGAGUCUUCUGAAUAGUCAUGUUAAUGCAAGCUCUAAUGGAGAAGUGUUUUCUGUUUUGGAUCGGCGAAAGAAUAUUACCACAAUUGUACAGACUCUGGAUAGGAUCUACAAUUUGGACUGGCUCAGUAGUGCUUCUAAGAACCAUUGUUCUGCAGCAGUUGGCUUCAAGUGGAUGCUUAAUCAGGGAUUGAUGCAGAAUCAUGAAGAAAUAGCAGAGUACUUCAACCGUAGAGGUGUUUCUACAAUUUUUCUCUUUCGGAGAAACCUACUACGUCGUAUGGUUUCGGUUCUUGCAAAUUCAUAUGACCGUUAUGCUAAGAUGUUGAAUGGAACCCACAAAUCACAUGUGCAUUCUCUUGAAGAGGCCAAAGCACUUUCCAAGUACAAACCUGUUAUAAAUGCUACCUCCUUGAUCUCUGAUUUGGAGGGAAUGGAGGCAACAAUUGCAAAGGCCUUAGAGUACUUUGGUAACACGAGGCACCUCAUUUUGUACUAUGAGGACCUAAUCAAUAAUCGAACGAGACUGAAAGAUGUACAAGAGUUUCUUAACCUGCCACCAGUGGAACUAAGAAGCCGUCAAGUUAAGAUACACAAAGGAAACUUGUCCGAUCACAUCAAGAACUGGGAAGAUGUUAAGGUUACUCUUAAAGGGACCGCUUAUGAGCAUCUUCUACAAGCAGAUUACUGAAAAGAUAUCCUCCUGCCAGUUCUCUUAACAAAGUAGCUAAACCAGUUUGAAUGGUGUUCGGCUGCAUGUUGUUUGGAGUGUUGUGACUGUUUCUUCCCUCUCAAUCAACCAUCAUUGAUUGAGGGCCAACCCUUUUUGUUUAAUACUCUGUUUGGCCAAAAUGAAUUGUAAAUGUAAGCUAACUUUUGCGAAACCAAAGUAGGAGCUUUUGUGGUGUGGCUUAAAUUUCUACUUGGGCUCCAAUUAGAAAGAAUGUUGUUGCACAUUCAGAUAUUUCUUCAUACUUUA